CGUUCUCUUUUAGAUGCGAGGUGGGAAACAUGAGGCCCCGACGUGCUCUGUUACUUCUCCUCUUCCUGGAGGCCUCCCUGUCGGCCCUCGGCGUACCAUGUAUUCGGGACAGUACCACAAGGCCAGUGUUCAGCCACUCAGCGGGAGACUUUUUUCCCGGAGAGGAAACCACGCCCGCCACUUGUGCCAUCCAGUGUGCCGUCUUCAAACUGCCCUACGUCGGGGUGGACGAGGCGGCCAACUGCUUCUGUGCCGCCACGAUUAGAGGCUUAGAGAUACUGGAUGAAACGAAGGAAUGCAAUUUAAAGUGUCUCGGCGGUGAGCCUUGCGGGGAAGGUCCGGGAGUGCUGAGUGUGUGGAACGUGAAGGACCUGACGGGGCCAAUCUUCGUUCCUUAUUUCAGGCUGAUGUUUACCGGCUCUGCGAACAACCAAAUGGACGUCACAGUGGGCACCCCAGUUGACAUCACUAUCAAGACGACUGAGUCUGCGAUGCUCUUCACUCUGAACUUUGGAGACGGCUCAGGUUUCCGAAAUCUGAAUAGUGAGACCUCCAACACCACAUCACACACUUUUACAAUGGAGGGCGAGUACUACAUCACAGCCAAGGAACCGUCAACGGGAGUCCUGGACAUGGUAAAGGUGGUAGUUCGUGGACCUAAGAAUGCCCUUGGGCUUGACUGUCCAGAUUUGGCAGCCAUCGGGGAGCCCUUCGUCUGUACCUUCACACUCCUGCGGGGCUCGGGAUCUACUCUCAUGCUCCUUGCCCAGGAAACAGGAUUGGAGCAUAACUACUCUUUACCAGACCUGGAGACGAAAGUGUAUGGGCACAGCUGGUCAUCUGAAGUUUCCCCAGUGUCAUCCCAAGAGGUCAACAGCUGUGUGAGUAAUUAUGUGCUUGAUACGGCGGUUAUCAUGGAAGACGAGUGCUUGACCAUGGUUGACGGAUGGAUGGCUUCAGAAUCAACAGUGUACGCUAAUACGAUGCGAGAGAAAUGUGUGAAUGGAGGGGUGCCCGCAUGCCCCAUGGAGGGAGAGUGGACCUGCACGCCGCCCAUGUAUCUGUGUGGCGCCUCCUGCCGGGAGUCAUCGCUUUCCACAUGUUCAGGAGGCACAAACACAACUCUGAAAGGGUGGACCGACUACACUGCCGUCACUGUGGCCACUAUUGACAUGCCCUUUGGAUACUCGGACAUGGCCGUCCCCUUAACACCUUUAAAGCCACAGUCCUUCUUCAGUGUUGGCUGCAUCACUGGACCACUUACUUUCAGCCCAUCAGCUAAGCAUAUCGAGGAUACCAGCCUCCUGAAGGUAGUCUAUGACCUCAUGUCCCGGGGAGAGUGCCUUCUCCCCCGGCACCAGAGAGAGGUAGAAGCUCCCAUCUCCACCCCGACACCGGGAGCGGUACCGCUCUCGGAGGUCCACAAGACUGGGGCACUCGACGAGCAAGUGGCGAACAGUCAGGGGGACCAGCAAUCAUCACGGAUCUCCGACUCUGUUUUUGCCGGUGAUGCAGUAAUCCUCGCGGAGUCGCUGGAGGUUCCAGUGAUGGCUCUCAAGGCAAUGCUCGAAGAAGUGAAUUUCUUGGGCCUUCAGGGUUCAUGGUUUAAUACAAAGGUGAUGUACCGUGACGCAGCAACUUCCAGCACGCAGGGGGAUGCCUUGUUCGGCACCGUCUUCUCACCCACGUUCCUCUUGGGGUGGCGGGAGCCCAAGAACUUCCUCCUGCGUUUCAAGACCUUGGGUGGACGGGGAGAGGUGGCUCAAAAAUUUUCGUCCGUGUAUCUCAGAAUGCAUGGUGCUUAA